AUGAGUUAUCAUUUUGGUGUAAUUACUUGUGGGUCCUGUAACUCGAUCAAUUUAAAUGUUUUUUUGGGCGACAAUUGUUUACUUAACCGCAAGAACCGUAUAUUUUGUAAGAAAUGUCGUUUAGAUAAGUGUUUUUCCGUGGGAAUGGAUAUUGUGAGCAAAAUGUUUUUAAAAAAUUUAUUCCUCAGUGAAAAACAAAAACAAUUGAGAAAAUCUAUUAUUGAAAGCAAUCGGAAACGAAAAAUAAGUAACAGUUUGGUCACCACCGAUGAGACCACAGUCUCGACGGUCUGUCUAUCACCGCAAACAUUGGCUACUUUUAGUAAAAAUAUUACAUGUAAUACACAUUUGGCACAUGAUUUGAAAAAUAAUAAUUUGAUUGACAUUUCAAGCAAUAAUAAUUGUUAUAAAUUAAAUCAGUUAAUUGCACCAAUCAUUAGACCCAUUGCUGAUUAUAGCAAUACUUUCAAUGAAUUAGAGGGCAAUAAAUUAAGUGAAUUACUAAACGGUAUUAAAAUACUGGCCAUUCCUGCGGCCAAUAAUGGGAACCCUAUUGUUGUCAAUACGUUUUACGAGGCCAUCAAAACAGUACUCACCCGACAGGAGAUCCAAAUGCGUAAACAAAUCAACAUGGUCAAAACUAUUAGCGCAUUCAAAGCAUUGUGCGAAAGUGACCAAAUGAUCUUGAUCAAAUACUCCGCCUUUGAGAUCAAUAAUUUGCGUAUAAUCUUAGAGUUUGACUUUCAAACCCAAACCUGGAAUCUGACAAAUAAUAUGACCAAGAGUAUUACAGAUAACCAAAUAUAUAUAUUAAAACUUGAUUUACUCGGAACGUCAAUAUUACAGUCAAUUGAAACUUAUGAUCACUACAACAACUAUCAAAGUUUCCUAUCAAAUAUGGGCCUCGACUGGGACUCAGAGACACUAAUUAUAGACUUGUUAACAGCGAUAGCGCUUUUUGAUCCUAAUCGACCCAAUCUAAUCAACAGACAAAUGAUUAGUAAAAUACUGUUUCCCACAAUCAAAUGCCGGACAAAAACAAAAGUAAUGUUUGCCUCGUUUGCGGCAAUAGGGCAACGGGUUCUCAUUUCAAUGCAAUCACUUGUGAGUCCUUCAUUCUUUCGGAGGAAUGCACUCAACAAAGCGGAUAUAUUUAAAUGCUUUUUGGGCGGCAAUUGUCUGAUUGAUCGCAAGGACCGAAACAUUUGUAAAAAAUGUCGUUUAGAUAAGUGUUUUGCUGUCGGAAUGAAAACAGUGAGUGAAAUGCAAUGCAAUAAUUUAUUCUUCACUGAAGAGCAAAAACAAUUAAGAAAAUCUAUUAUUGAAAGCAAUCGGAAACGAAAAUUAAGUGACACUUCGGUCACCACCAAUGAAAUAGCGGUCUCGACGUCUAGUCUAUCCCCGCAAACAUCGGCUACUUUUAACGAUGAGAUUACUUGUGAUACAAGUUUUGAAAAUUUGUUGACAGAUCUAAAUAACUUCUCAAACGAUAGCAAUUCAUAUGAAUUGUAUCAAUCAGUUGAGCCAAUUAUAGCGCCGAUCACUGAUCACAGCAAUACAUCGACUACUUUUAGCGAUGAGAUUGAUCUUGAUAUAAGUUUUGCAAAUAUUUUACAACAAGACAAUAAUCUAAACAAUGCUGUAAACGAUACUAAUUUAAAUAACUUGAAUCAAUCAGUUGUGCCAAUCGUGCGGCCGAUCACUGAUUACAGCAAUACUUUCAAUGAAUUAGAAGGCAUUAAAUUAAGUGAAUUACUUAACGGCAUGAAUAUACUGGCUAUUCCUGCGGCCACUGAUGGGAACCGUUUAGUAUUGAAUACCUUUAACGAUGCCAUCAAAAUAAUGGUCGGCAGACAAGAGACAGAAAUACCAAAAAUAAUUAAAAUGUGCAAAACUAUGGGUGCAUUCAAAGCCCUGUGCGAAAAUGAUCAAAUGAUCUUGAUCAAAUACGCCGGUAUUCCAAUAACUAUAAUGAGAAUGAUCUUAUUUUUUGACUUUGAAAUGCAAGCCUGGAAUGUGACAAACAAUAACCAAAUAUGUGUAUUAAAACUUGAUGCACUUCGACACAACUUGUUUAGUAAAAUGGAUUACAUUAAUCCGUAUUUUAAUCAUAAAAAUUUCUUAUCAAAUAUGGGCCUCGACUGGGACUCCGAGACACUUAUUAUCGAUUUGUUAACGGCUAUAAUACUAUUUAACCCGGAUCGACCAAAACUUACAAACAAAUCAUUUAUUAAACAUCAGCAGAAUAUAUACAUUCAUUUAUUACAACGAUUUCUCCAAAUGAAAUACCGGUCCGAAUGCUUGUCUCACCAAAAGCUCAAUCUUUGCGAUUCCUAUUCAUUUGUGAUAUCGAUUCUGUUGGCUAACAAGCAACAUAAAACAUGCAUGUUGAGUUGUCAUUUUGGUGCGUUCACAUGCGAGUCAUGUAGAUCGUUUUUUCGCAGAAAUGCACUCAACAAAGUAGAUAAAUUUAAAUGCUUUUUGGGCGGCAAUUGUCUGAUUGAUCGCAAGAACCGAAACAUUUGUAAAAAAUGCCGUUUAGAUAAGAGUUUUGCUGUCGGAAUGAAAACUAAUUUAUUCUUCACUGAAAAGCAAAACCAGUGGAGAAAAUAUCUAAUUGAAAGCAAUCAAAAACAAAAAUCAAGUGACACUUUGAUGACCACCGAUGAGAUAGUGGUUCCGAGUCUAUCGUCGCAAUCGUUGACUGAUUUUAUUAUUGUGCCAAUUGUGCGGCCGAUCACUGAUUAUAGCACUAAUUUCAAUGAAUUAGAAGGCAAUCGAUUGAAUGAAUUACUAAACGGUAUUAAAAUACUGACCAUUCCUGCGGCCAAUUGUGGCACCGGUUUAGUAGUGAAUAGUUUCGCCGAUUCUAUGAAAGCAAUAAUAGGCAGACAGGCGUUGGAAACGGAAAAACUGGUCCAAAUGUCCAAAACUAUUAGUGCAUUUAAAGAGUUGUGCGAAAAUGACCAAAUCAUCUUGAUUAAACACGCGGCCAUCAAGGUUAAAUACUUGCGUAUGCUUUUAGACUUUAACUUUGAAACGCAAACCUGGAAUCUGCUAAUUGUGAGCUCAUUGACCAUCAUGUAA